AUGCAACUAUUUUUCAUUUCGUUUGCAACAGACUCCUUUCUGCCCCCUUCCUCUCACUAUGUUGCCCGUGGAGUCAAGAGUGACGAUUUCUCUCUCUCUCUCUCUCUCUCUCUCUCUCUCUCUCUCUCUCUCUCUCUCUCUCAGCCUACCGCUGAUAGGGUGCGUUACUUUUCCUCGGAGGUUUGUUUCCUUCCUCUUCUUUGUACAAUUAUUUGCUUUACUUUUCUUGGUGGAUCAUUUCGUUUUCUUGGAACAUUUGCUCCUUUCCUUUUCUUAACGCGUCAGGUUUCUUUUCUUCCUCUUUCCCCUCCUCACUCUUUCCCCUCCUUCCUCUUUGCCCCCCUUCCCCUUCCCUCUCUUUCCUCUUUUCCCUCCUUCCCCUUCGUCCUCUUUCCUCUUCCCCCUUCUUCCUCUUUCCACUCCUUCCCCCUUCCCCUUUCCCCUUUAAAUGGAUUCCUCUUUCCCUCCUUCCCCUUCGCCCUCUUUCCUCUUCCCCUUCUUCCUCUUUCCCUCCUUCCUCUUUCCCCUACUUCCUCUUUCCCCUCUUUUUUCUUUCCCCUCCUUCCUCUUUCUCCUCUUUCCUCUUUCGCCUCCUUCUUCUUUCCCCUCCUUCCCUUUGCCCCUUCUUCCUUUUUUUCCCCUCCUUUGUCUUUCCCCUCCUUUCCUUUUCCCCUCUGUUUCCUCUUCCUUUUCCUCUUCCCCUCUCCUUUCCUCUUUCUCCUCUUUUCUCUUUCCCCUCCUUUCUCUUUCUCCUCCUUCUUCUUUCCCCUCCUUCUUCUUUCCCCUUCUUCCCUUUUCCCCUCCUUCCUCUUUCCCCUCAUUCCUCUUUCCCCUCCUUCCCCUCUUUCCUCUUUCCCCUCAUUCCUCUUUCCCCUUUCCCCUCUCAUUUCUCUCUCUCCUUCUCUUAUUGUCUCCCCCUAUCUCACUCUACAUAUCUUACAUUUUCUCCCUGUCUUCCGUUUUUAUCACGCUCUCUUUCAUUUUCAUUCUCUUUGUCACUAA